AUGGAGUCAGCACAAGAGAAAGAAGAAGAAUGCUCACAAAAUGAAAAACUUGAAGACAAAUUAAACUUUGAACAUCUAAAACGUCUGCAAAGACUUUUCGAGGAAAUGGAUACUGAUGGUAGUGGAGCUUUAGACAUGGACGAGUUUAAAACUGCAAUGACUGCACUAUUGGGAGGACACAUGGACGAACACGAACUGGAAUUAAUGUUCAUGAAAAUCGACACAAACUGUGACGGAACAGUCGAUUGGGAAGAAUAUUUAAAUUAUAUGCUGUUAGAGUACUUAGAAAAGGACUCCAUGAGCAGCACCGUUCGUGAGAAACCAUUUCAUGGAAAACUCCGUUUAAUUUCGAAUAUCGACCACAGAGGAUCUAUUGUUCGCAUCUCAUUUUAUCCCAGCAGUCUUCAGUCCAUUUCAGAUUCUGAUAAUCUCAGUGGCAGGUAUUUAACCUUAAGUAACGAAGGAAAUCUGUGUUUUUGGUCAAAUGAUAUGAACUUAAUCAAAACUAUCUACAUACAUGAAAACAAUCUUAGAAUUCGCAAAGCAUGGAUGACUGAUAUGGUAUGUCUUCCCAAUGUUAGUCUUUUGGCAAUUUCUACAACAGACAGAGAUAUUCAAUUUUUCGACAGUAACCCUUCAAAAUGUGAGCAGACAUAUCAAAUUGUUGCAAUGAAUCAUUGUGUCGUAGCAAUGAAUUACUAUUUCAACCCAUUAAGCCCUAAUGAAGCUUAUAUGGUAGUCGGUGACACUGGUGGAAGUGUGUACUGCUUAUGCUUCUCACAAUGUCUCGUCGAUGGACUGUUUGGUUCACUCUUGAAAAAACAAAGAUCUAAUCGACAGAUAUACUUUAAGGAAUUACUCGGUAAAGCAGUUCCAGGACUUUCAGUACUAUCAUUCCCAGGUCUUCACGAUAAUUGGAUUCGACAAGUACGUUAUGUCCCACAGUUGACCUCAUUUAUUUCUUGUGCUGCUUCCUCGAACUUUUCAAUGUGUAAUUAUGAUGUACAAGGCCAAGGACGCUACGUUUAUCGACUGUAUCGAGGCAUCACCUGUUUUGACUACAGUGAAAGUCAAAACUUUAUCAUCACAGGAGCCAUGGAUCAUACAGUCCGUGUUUGGAAUCCACACGUAACCAGCAAGUCAGUCCUUAUAAUUCAGGGCCAUUUAUCGGCUAUCACUCACGUCAGUCUCCAAGAUGAACUUCACCAAGCUAUCACGAUUAGCGAAGAUAACUACAUCAAAGUCUGGGACAUAAGAGACCAAAGAUGUGUUCAAACAAUAAAGGGAGACGCCCUCAAAUCACUCGGCAGAUCAACAAUUUCUUCCGCAUUCUUCAACCAGUUUCAACAAAUACUUCUUUUAGGUACCUCUAAGCUGGGAUAUUUCGGCAACAUUCCUCCUGAGGGUGAAAUUUCGGAAGGCGCGAAAACGUCACAUCCCAAAUGUUUAUGUGGUGCGCUUUAUAAUUCGUUAUUCAAUUAUGUUAUCAGCACUUGUCAUGGUUCUGUAAUAACUGUCUGGGAUUUAAACACCGGGGAUAAAAUCAUACAAUUUAAUAAAUGCCAUAAAAUCACUAAAAUUGGAGUUUAUUAUCCUGUUGAGAUCACGGCAAUGACCUUAGAUCCUACUGAAAGAAGGCUGAUUACGGGAGGAAGAGAUGGAACAGUGAAGAUCUGGAACUUCAAUAAUGGGGCUUGUCUACGUGAAAUGAAAACGAUAGGAAAAACAGAGAUUACCAGUAUUCUCUGUCAGAAGGAGUACAUCAUAGUAGCAGGCUGGAAUAAACAUGUCACAGCGUUUUUAGACAGUGCCGAUGAUGAUUCAUACAAAAUAUGGACAGCUAAACACAAAGACGAUAUUGUAGCUAUGGACUAUUACAAGGGUAGUCUCUUAGCUACGGCUUCCUAUGACGGAGAGAUUAUUCUAUGGUUGUUGGAAACGGGCCACGUUUCAAAGCGGUUACGAGAGACGUACUCACAACCAGAGAGUGGGGUGCAGAAGAAUUCAGAUUUUAGUACAAAUGUAAAUAUGCCAAAAGAAAGUGGCGCAGAAGGCAACGUUGUUGAAAACAGUACACCUGGUGUGAGUGAUGUUCUUGGUAGUGUGAGUGACGUUUAUGGGAAUCAACAAUGCAACAGCUCUUUGUCUUCAAACAAGCCAACCUUGCGUGAAGAUUCUGUAUUUAUUCGCUGUUUUGAUUCAGAUACAGUCUCAGUCAAUCAGUUGCUCUUUCUUAAAACGAGAGAAGUUUCCCCAGAGGUUGCAGUCCUUCUAGCAACGGCAAAAGAUGGUUUUGUACGUGCCUGGUCUAUACAUCAAAACGGACAGAUCCUUGGAAAAUUUUAUGCUCCAAAACGUGAAGAUCAAUCAGUAACGUGCAUGACUACAGAUCAAAUGAAUAACUUCUUGUUCACAGGAGAUUCCUCAGGCUAUAUUCGAACAUGGUCUCUCUCCACCUACGGCAUCCCAACAGUAACAGGUGAAGUUACUUCGCACGUUCCACAAUUUACAUACCUGUCCCAUGAAAAUAAAGAAUCAUACCUAAGACAGUUUCCGUAUCUAAGAUUUGAAAUAUCAAAUAGCAUUCGAACUCGUCGAAUGGCUGAACAAUCGCCUACAUGUGUGCAGUUUUCAACUUAUGCUAUUGGCGAGCCUCCACUGUUGUUGAAUUCAUAUCGUGCUCACGUGGAGAAAGUUGUUCACUUAAACUUCAUUGAAGGGAAAAACCUUCUCAUCAGCUCCAGUAAGGACUGUUGUGUUCGCCUUUGGACACUAGGAGGGAAGUUCAUUGGAACUUUUGGCCAAAGGGAACAAUGGAAUCUUCAUGGAGAGUUGCUGAUUACCAACACAGUGGUGCGACAAAACCUUCUACCGCCAGAUGUCAGGCGUAUAGCUUCGGCCACAACAUUAAAAGUCUUUAACGAAGGUAAAUGCCCCCAUUGGGUUAUGGCACUCAACAUUAUAUCUCUUUUUCUGGGAAACUUUAAAAAAGAAAUCCCUACUAAAAUUACUGAAUCCAACCUUGAACAACAGACAGUAAAACCUGCAAUUUCGAAAAGCAUCCUGGGGAAGUUUUAUGAACCACAGAAGAGACACAAACCGCCACCUCAGUUGUUUUCUGCAUCACAAAUUAACAGAAACAUGGCAGUGUUCAACGCUCUUCCUUGUGCCUCACUUGACGACAGUACCCAAGAAACAUUGCUACAUGUUCGUAACAUCGUAACAAGAAUUCAACGUAGCAAAAUAAGUGCUCGAUUUAAAAGUAUUUUAACAAGUAAAAAAUCAGAAAUUAUCGUAAAAUUUGAAAACAGAGGAUCUCGGAACCGCAGACAAAGCCGCAUACCAUAA